ACAAGCUGAAAAGGGGCAGGAAAAGAAGUGGAGGCAGCAUUCUUCCUAUUUAAAGCUGCAUCGCUUGAAAAAAGUUUUCGCAGACUGUGCCGGAGCUGGUGCUGAAAAAGGGGGUUUUCAGAGGCUGCCCUGGGGCUGGUGCUGAAAGAAGAGCCCACAGCUGACUUCAUGGUGCUACAAUAACCUUAGAAUCUACUUUUCACUCCCAGGAGGACCCACAUGUCUAAUAUUUAGACAUGAUGGCAAAUUGGGUGGAAGCAAGACCUCUCCUCAUUCUUACUAUUUUAUUAGGGCAAUUUGUCUCAAUAAAAGCCCAGGAAGAAGAUGAGGAUGAAGGAUAUGGUGAAGAAAUAGCCUGCACUCAGAAUGGUCAGAUGUACUUAAACAGGGACAUUUGGAAACCUGCCCCUUGCCAGAUCUGUGUCUGUGACAAUGGCGCCAUUCUUUGUGACAAGAUACAGUGCCAGGAUGUGCUUGAAUGUGCUGACCCCGUAACUCCCCCUGGGGAGUGCUGUCCUGUCUGUCCACAUACAACUGGAAGUAGCAAUACCAAUUUUGGUAGAGGAAGAAAGGGACAAAAAGGAGAACCAGGACUAGUGCCUGUUGUAACAGGCAUACGUGGACGUCCAGGACCCUCAGGACCUCCAGGAUCACAAGGACCAAGAGGAGAGAGAGGCCCAAAAGGAAAACCUGGUCCUCGUGGUCCUCAGGGAAUCGAUGGAGAACCAGGUGUUCCUGGUCAACCGGGUGCCCCAGGACCUCCUGGACAUCCAUCUCACCCAGGACCCGAUGGCAUGAACAGGCCGUUUUCAGCUCAGAUGGCUGGGUUGGAUGAAAAGUCUGGGCUUGGGAGUCAAGUAGGACUGAUGCCUGGCUCUGUGGGUCCUGUUGGCCCAAGGGGACCUCAAGGUUUACAAGGACAGCAGGGUGGUACUGGCCCUACAGGACCUCCUGGUGAGCCUGGUGACCCUGGACCAAUGGGUCCACUUGGUACACGUGGACCAGAGGGCCCUCCUGGAAAACCUGGUGAAGAUGGUGAGCCUGGUAGAAAUGGAAAAGCUGGUGAAGUUGGAUUUGCAGGAUCUCCGGGAGCUCGAGGAUUUCCUGGGGCUCCUGGUCUUCCAGGCCUGAAGGGUCACCGAGGACACAAAGGUCUUGAAGGCCCUAAAGGUGAAGUUGGAGCAAUCGGUUCCAAGGGUGAAGCUGGCCCUACUGGUCCAAUGGGUGCCAUGGGUCCAAUGGGCCCAAGAGGAAUGCCAGGAGAGAGAGGGAGACUUGGGCCACAGGGUGCUCCUGGACAACGAGGUGCACAUGGUAUGCCUGGAAAACCUGGGCCAAUGGGUCCUCUUGGGAUAACUGGUUCCGCUGGUUUUCCAGGAAAUCCUGGGUUGAAGGGAGAAGCAGGUCCCACUGGGGCACGAGGCCCUGAAGGUCCUCAGGGGCAAAGAGGUGAAACUGGGCUACCGGGUCCUGUUGGCUCUCAAGGUCUUCCUGGUGCAGUGGGAACUGAUGGUACGCCUGGUGCCAAAGGCCCAACAGGUUCUCCAGGUACCUCUGGUCCUCCUGGCUUAGCAGGGCCCCCUGGAUCUCCAGGACCUCAGGGUAGCACUGGACCUCCAGGAAUUCGAGGCCAACCGGGUGAUCCAGGAGUUCCAGGUUUCAAAGGAGAAGCUGGUCCAAAAGGGGAACCGGGGCCACAUGGUAUUCAGGGUCCAAUAGGCCCACCUGGUGAAGAAGGCAAACGAGGUCCCCGAGGUGAUCCAGGAACAGUUGGUCCUCCAGGCCCCAUGGGAGAAAGGGGUGCUCCUGGCAAUCGUGGUUUUCCAGGCUCUGAUGGUUUACCUGGACCAAAGGGGGCUCAAGGAGAGAGGGGUCCUGUAGGUUCUUCAGGACCUAAAGGAGGUCAGGGGGAUCCAGGACGUCCGGGGGAACCUGGGCUUCCAGGUGCUCGGGGUCUGACAGGAAAUCCUGGUGUUCAAGGUCCUGAAGGAAAACUUGGACCUUUGGGUGCUCCAGGAGAGGAUGGCCGGCCAGGUCCUCCAGGCUCCAUAGGAAUCAGAGGGCAGCCUGGGAGUAUGGGUCUUCCAGGCCCCAAAGGUAGCAGUGGUGACCCUGGAAAACCUGGAGAAGCAGGAAAUGCUGGUGUUCCUGGGCAGAGGGGAGCUCCUGGAAAAGAUGGUGAAGUUGGUCCUUCCGGUCCUGUGGGCCCCCCGGGUCUAGCUGGGGAGAGAGGAGAACAGGGCCCUCCAGGCCCCACUGGCUUUCAGGGGCUUCCUGGUCCUCCAGGGCCUCCUGGGGAAGGUGGAAAGCCAGGUGAUCAGGGAGUUCCUGGAGAUCCUGGAGCAGUUGGCCCAUUAGGACCUAGAGGAGAACGAGGAAAUCCAGGGGAAAGAGGAGAACCAGGAAUAACCGGACUUCCUGGUGAGAAGGGAAUGGCUGGAGGACACGGUCCUGAUGGUCCAAAAGGCAGUCCAGGACCAACUGGGACCCCUGGAGAUACAGGCCCACCAGGUCUUCAAGGUAUGCCAGGAGAAAGAGGAAUUGCAGGAACUCCUGGCCCCAAGGGUGACAGAGGUGGCAUAGGAGAGAAAGGUUCUGAAGGUACAGCUGGAAAUGAUGGAGCAAGAGGUCUUCCGGGUCCCUUGGGUCCUCCUGGUCCUGCAGGUCCUACUGGAGAAAAGGGAGAACCUGGCCCUCGAGGUUUAGUUGGCCCACCUGGCUCCCGUGGGAAUCCUGGUUCUCGUGGUGAAAAUGGCCCAACUGGAGCCGUUGGUUUUGCUGGACCCCAGGGUCCUGAUGGGCAGCCUGGAGUAAAAGGUGAACCUGGAGAGCCAGGACAGAAGGGCGAUGCUGGCUCUCCUGGACCACAAGGUCUAGCAGGAUCCCCAGGCCCUCAUGGUCCUAAUGGCGUUCCUGGACUAAAAGGUGGUCGAGGAACUCAGGGUCCACCUGGUGCUACAGGAUUUCCUGGUUCUGCUGGCAGAGUUGGACCUCCAGGUCCUACUGGAGCUCCAGGACCUGCAGGGCCCUUAGGGGAACCUGGGAAGGAGGGACCUCCAGGUCUUCCUGGGGACCCCGGCUCUCACGGACGAGUAGGAGAUCGAGGACCAGCUGGCCCCCCUGGUGGCCCAGGAGACAAAGGGGACCCAGGAGAAGAUGGGCAACCUGGUCCAGAUGGUCCCCCUGGUCCAGCUGGAACUACUGGGCAAAGAGGAAUCGUCGGCAUGCCAGGGCAGCGUGGAGAGCGAGGGAUGCCCGGCCUUCCAGGCCCAGCAGGCACACCAGGAAAAGUAGGACCAACUGGUGCACCAGGAGAUAAAGGCCCGCCUGGACCAGUGGGGCCCCCAGGCUCAAAUGGCCCUGUGGGAGAACCAGGACCUGAAGGUCCAGCUGGUAAUGAUGGUACUCCAGGACGGGAUGGUGCUGUUGGAGAACGUGGUGAUCGUGGAGACCCUGGGCCUGCAGGUCUGCCAGGCUCUCAGGGUGCCCCUGGAACUCCCGGUCCCGUUGGUGCCCCAGGAGAUGCAGGACAAAGAGGAGAUCCGGGUUCUCGGGGUCCUAUUGGACCACCUGGUCGAGCUGGGAAACGUGGCUUACUUGGACCCCAAGGACCUCGAGGUGACAAAGGUGAUCAUGGAGACCGAGGUGACCGAGGUCAGAAGGGUCACAGAGGCUUUACUGGUCUUCAAGGUCUUCCUGGGCCUCCUGGUCCCAAUGGUGAACAAGGCAGUGCUGGAAUCCCAGGACCAUUUGGCCCAAGAGGUCCUCCAGGCCCAGUUGGUCCUUCAGGUAAAGAAGGAAACCCUGGGCCACUUGGGCCCAUCGGGCCUCCUGGUGUACGAGGCAGUGUCGGAGAAGCAGGCCCUGAGGGUCCUCCUGGCGAGCCUGGUCCCCCUGGCCCUCCGGGUCCCCCUGGCCACCUUACAGCUGCUCUUGGGGAUAUCAUGGGGCACUAUGAUGAGAGCAUGCCAGAUCCACUUCCAGAGUUUACUGAAGAUCAGGCAGCUCCUGAUGACAAAAACAAAACGGACCCAGGGGUGCAUGCUACCCUGAAGUCACUCAGUAGUCAGAUCGAAACCAUGCGCAGCCCUGAUGGCUCUAGAAAGCACCCAGCCCGAACUUGUGAUGACUUAAAGCUUUGCUAUUCUGCAAAGCAGAGCGGUGAAUACUGGAUUGAUCCUAACCAAGGAUCUGUUGAAGAUGCAAUCAAAGUUUACUGCAACAUGGAAACAGGAGAAACAUGUAUUUCAGCAAACCCAUCCAGUGUACCACGUAAAACCUGGUGGGCCAGCAAAUCUCCUGAUAAUAAGCCUGUUUGGUAUGGUCUUGAUAUGAAUAGAGGAUCUCAGUUUGUUUAUGGAGACCACCAGUCACCUAAUGCAGCCAUUACACAAAUGACCUUCUUGCGCCUUUUAUCGAAAGAAGCCUCCCAGAACAUUACUUACAUCUGUAAAAACAGUGUAGGAUACAUGGAUGAUCAAGCUAAGAACUUCAAGAAAGCUGUGGUUCUCAAAGGGUCAAAUGACUUAGAAAUCAAAGCAGAGGGAAACGUUAGAUUCAGAUAUGUAGUUCUUCAUGAUACUUGCUCUAAACGAAAUGGAAAUGUGGGCAAGACCAUCUUUGAAUAUAGAACACAGAAUGUGGCACGCUUGCCCAUUGUAGAUCUUGCCCCUGUGGAUGUCGGCAGUACAGACCAAGAAUUUGGCAUCGAAGUUGGGCCAGUUUGUUUUGUGUGAAGCAAGCCGAGAUACAUCAACAAUGAGCACCACCCCGACCCUCAAUGACCACCACCAUUCACAGGACUUUGACUGUUUGAAGCUGAUCCUGAGACUCUUGAAGUAAUGGCUGAUCCUGCAUCAGCAUUGUAUAUAUGGUCUUAAGUGCCUGGCCUCCUUAUCCUUCAGAAUAUUUAUUUUACUUACAAUCCUCAAGUCUUAAUUGAUUUAAAAUAUUUUCCAAUAAGCGGUUUAGGUUUAAGAUGAUCCAUGAUUAUGACAACCUUUAAAAAAAGUAAACUGUUUGAAUAAAUAAAUCUCCAUUUUCUUCAAUUUAUUUCAAUGUAAUGACAAAAUUGCUUAGUAUUUAUAAGAAAAUCUUUCUUCCUGGCAGAUAGCUUAAAGAGUGGGGUAUGUAAAACCACAACACAUGUUUAUUUCACGUGGCUGCAGUUGGAAAAAUAGAAAGUAGUGCCCUUUUGUGACCUCUCAUUUCCAGAUUAUCAAUUAAAAAUGAAAGCAAAAAUGUUUAUCCUUGUGAUUGAAACCCACAUGCAUGUCUUGAUAUUGUAUAACUAACAUGGAGACUCUUUAAAGGGAACCAUGAAAAACAUAUCAGUUUCUCACUGUCUUAAAUGGAAUGUUAAAAUAGUAUAUAUUCAAUGGAAUUUCUGAAAAAAAAGUAAUCCUAAAUUUUUGUAAAGUGUGGUGAAUCUAGACUUCUUCCUCAUUCAAUUUUAAAGCUACCUUUCCCUCUUGACUCGAUCUAUCAAUAUAGGUAGAAGUUAAAUGAGUAUACCGUUGAAUACAUUUGAACUUCCUUGUUUAAGAAAACAUAGAAUGCUAAAUAAUUUCCACAUAACUUUAAAAAAAAAUGUUCAGGACCCAAAGUUGAGAGUCUUCCACAUGUACAAUCUCAUCUUCCUGAGGCCUAUAACGAAGAAAAAGAUUUAGAAACUCAGAGUUGUGGAGCUGAUUCUAAUCAAAUCUGAUGAUUGGAAUUAGAACAUUUGGCCCUUGAACUCUCAUAGGAAAAAUGACCCAACAUUUCUUAGCAUGAGCUACCUCAUCUCUACAAGCUGGGAUGGACUUACUAGUCUUGUUUAUAUUUUAGAUACUAAAAGGUGCUAUGCUUCUGUGAUUAUUCCAAGACUGGAGAUAGGCAGGGCUAAAGUGUAUUAUUAUUUUUCCUUUAAUGAUGGUGCUAAAAUUCCUUCUAUAAAAUUCUUUAAAAAUAAAGAUGGUUUCAUCAAUACCAUUUGUGAAAACAUAACUGUUACACUUCCCGUUUCUGAAAGAAGGAGCAUUGUUCCAGUGCCUGUUCACUGUUCAUCUGUCAUACUGUAUCUGGAAUGUUUUGUAAUACUUGCAUGUUUCUUAGACUAGAACAUGUAGGUCCCCUUAUGUCUCAAGGAUUUUUCUUCCUUAAUUGCAUUUGUUGGCUCCAUUUUUAUUUUUUCUUUAAAAAUAAACAUCUGGGACCAUCCCAAAGGACAAGCCAUGCACACAACUUUAGUGAUGUAUCUCUGCAAAGCAUUGAAUUAAAUGCACGCUUUUGUCAUGUCAA